GUGCAUGAUUUUUAUCAUAUCGGAUCUACAUUGGGGAAGGGAAGCUUUGCAGUUGUAAAAGAGGCUCAGCAUAAACACACUGGUGUCCGAGUUGCCAUAAAGAUGAUUGAUCGUUCGAAUCCAGGUUUUGUAGCGUUUGAUGCCGAUGCGUUGCGCAAAGAAAUUGCAACGAUGCAUCGUAUAAAUCACCGGAACUGUAUAAGACUUCAUGAGGUUUUUGAAGAACAAGGAUAUAUAUGUCUGGUCCUAGACCUCGUAACUGGAGGGGAACUGUUUGAUAGAAUAAUUGCACGUGGUCAUUAUUCCGAGAAGGAUGCUGCUGAGGUUUCUCGAGAUGUCUUGCAAGCAGUUGCGUACUUGCACGCUCAAGGCAUUGUACACAGGGAUCUUAAGCCAGAAAACUUGUUGUACAUGUCAAACGAUGAGAGUAUGCCGGAAUACAAGCACAUCAAAGUUGCAGAUUUCGGUCUCGCAAGGUGUGGAUCACCCGAUUCACCCAUGCGGACAAUGUGUGGGACUCCAGGAUAUGUCGCCCCGGAGGUGCUCGACCCUCGUCUAACAGCUCCGCAUGGAUACGGGCCUCAGAUUGAUGUCUGGAGUAUUGGAGUGGUCCUCUACAUCAUGCUCUGCGGAUUCCCUCCGUUUUACAGCGAGAACACUGUCACGCUUUUUCGUCAGAUUCGAAGAGGGGACUAUUCUUUCCCGUCUCCCUACUGGGACAAUAUUUCAGAUUUAGCGAAGGCACACUUCUUUGACUUGGUCAGGAGGAUGCUUGUCGUUGACCCUAAACAACGUUUGACAGCUCAGCAAGUAAUCCGUUGA